CGAGGAUUGUCAUAUAACGCCGAGCGGAGUUCGUUUCGUCCCGAGCCGUCGCCGGAGCGCUGAUUAACGGCGUAAGCGCUAAUUUUAGCUCAAGCUAACAGCCAGGAGCGCCCGUGUGUCCGGGCUCGAGCAGAACCGGAGAGAGUCGGUCCGAUGGCGGACCCGAGAAAAGUUCCGUUCGUCACGCUCGCCUCGUUCAGCAGCACGCCGGCGGCGCCAGAGUCAAAGAAGCGUCGGCGGGAGGACGAAGAGAAUCAACCGAGUCCCGGGAUCACCGGCGGCGGAGGGGGCUGUUCGGUACCGGGAAACCCAUCGGACCCCGGCGAACCCAAACCCACCGUCCGCCUCAACCUGAGUCUCUCAGAACCGAGCGAGCAGAGAUCCGCCGAGUUCAACUACAGCGAGAUGGUCCAGUCCAACCUGCAGGUGAGGAAGGCUCCUCGGGGUCUCACUCCGGCUCUGGACCCCGCCGACCCGUUCGCAGAUGAAGACAAAGAGCGGCAAGAAGUCGAGGCGCUCGCCAGGAAGUUUGAGAGCAAAUACGGAGGCACCGUCAAGAAGAAGCGGCGGGACCGGAUGCAGGAUCUCAUCGAUAUCGGUUACGGCUACGAUGAAACUGAUCCGUUUAUCGACAACUCUGAGGCUUACGAUGAGCUGGUUCCUGCGUCUCUCACCACUAAACUGGGUGGUUUCUACAUCAACACGGGUACGCUGCAGUUCAGGGCGGCGUCUGAGUCUGAGGGAGAGGACGGAGGAAAAUACACCAACCACUUCAAGAAAGAUGGAGAGGAGCGGGUGAUCAAGAGAAGGAAGAAGAAGCAGGACGGUGGCCUGGAGGAGAAGAAACCCAGGAAGUUCAAAGUACCCAAACCAGGGGUUUCGGCUCUGAACCGGCCGGAGAAGAAGAAGAGGAAGAAGCUGAUGAAGGACUCUCUGUCUCUGGCGGCCAUGAUUCGCCGCUUCAACCGAGAGAAAGAGGAGAUCCGCAAGAAGACCCCGGUCAAACUCGUGCGCGCUCCGCCGAACGCCGCCUCCGCCGCGGUCGCCCCCGGCAACGACCUGUCCAUGGCCGACCUGACCUCUGACCCGGCGGUGAUGUCGCUGCUGGGCGGAGCUACGGAGAACGACAUGCUGCAGGAGCUGAUGGGCGACCUGGACUUCGGGCUGCUGGACUCUCCGGGGCCGUCCAGUCCGGGGCAGGGCGAGAACGGACAGAAGGCGGGCGCCGUGGGGCGGGUGCAGAAGGCGGGGCUGGUGCCGCCCCCUCCUCUUCCCAGCAGCCUCCCCGCGCCGCUGCUGAAGCGCAUCGAGGACCUGCGCGCCGCGUCUCGUCAGUUCGACAUGGAGGGCAGGAAGAAGUUCUUCACGCUGGACAUGAACAACAUCCUGCUGGACAUCGAGCUGCAGGUUCAGGAGCAGCCUCCUCCGGUGCGCACCUCCAUCUACUCUCACCUGGAGGCCUUCGUUCCUUGCAAUAAAGAGGCUCUGCUGAAGCGUCUGAAGAAGCUGAGCCUGAACAUCCAGGACGACCGUCUGCGCACGCCGCUGCACAAGCUGAAGCUGGCCGUCUGCAGCGUCAUGCCCGAGCAGAUCGCUCGAUACAACAUGGACUGCAUGGCCAAAGUCGCCAAGCAGCAUACGGAGGAUGGUGAUAGAAACGGCUCGGAGGAUGAUGAUGAGGAGAAGCCAGGAAAAAGAGUGAUGGGCCCCAGGAAGAAGUUUGUGUGGGACGACAAACUCAGGUCUCUGCUGUGUAAUCUGGUGCAGGUGAAGCUGGGCUGCUACGAGCUGGAGGGUCACAGCUCCCUCUCCCCCGAAGACUACCUGAAGAGCUUCAUGGAGACGGAGGUCAAACCUCUCUGGCCCAAAGGAUGGAUGCAGGCCAGGAUGCUGUUCAAAGAGAGCCGCGUGGCUCACAGUCACCUCACGGGGAACACAGUGAAGAAAAGGGUGCUACCGACUCCGAAAGCCAAGCCCAAGCCUCAGGACGGCGGCGUGCUCCAGCGGCUGCCCGUGUCUGUGGACUCCGCCCAGCGCCCGGUGGACCCGGCUCCUCCUGCUUCUGUCCAGCGAGCGCUGUCCCCGCCAGAGCCCAUCUGCCUGUCGGACUCUCUGGACGAGGACCUGGCGGCCCCGUCGCUCGACUCCAUCUCUCACGCUCUGGCCAUGUUGAGCAGCGUCGCCAAAGACCUGGCCCAGUCCAACAGCCCGCCGUGCGCCGAGCUGCCCAAAGCGCCCCAGUCGCUGCUCACGUCUCCACACCUGGUGAAAAAGAGCGCGAGCACCCCGCCUCCGCCUACAGCUCCGCCCGGCGUCCUCUCCUCCACGCCCUCGGCUCCGGUCGUUAAAAACGUGAGCGUCCUGUCCCAGGUUCAGAGACAUUCCGUUAUUCCAGCUCAGCGACCGUCCGUGGCUCCGCCUGCUAAGAUGGGCGUGUCUCCGGCGAAGCCCCGCCCUCCCGCGACGGCGUCGCCUCUUCACGCCCCUCAGAAGAUCGUGGCGGGGAAAACGGUGGUCGCCAUGCCUACAGGCCUCAUCAAAACCAGCAAUAACAGCUCUGCGCGCACGCUUCCCGCCACUUCCUCGUCGUCGCAUUUAAACGUAAAAUCGCCGCAGUGUUUCCACGUGACGCCGCAAGCCAAAAACCACGAGUCGCCCAAACCGGGCUUCAUCACGCCCAUGCAGGCCACUCUCACCAAGUCUCCCCACAACCCCAGCUCGCCCAUCAUCAAGCUCACGCCCACCGCCUCGCCCGUCGUUUCCAGGACGCCCACGUUACCCAGCAUGCACCAGCACGCCUCCAAGAGCCCGGGCUUCCACGCGGGGUUCGUCGCCGGCGGUUACAGCACCCCCGUGGUGCAGAAGAGUUCAUCUCAGGGCAACAGCAUCUCUGGACUCGCCACGACGACCGCGUCUGUCGCCAAGCAACCGGCCUCCAGCGCAUCGCCGGUGGCGGCCAAUCACAGUCAGCGACACAGACAAGUGGGUGGAGCUAAUCAGGGAGUGAAAACGAUCACGUCUGUGUCUACAGCCACAGCGUCUCCACUCUCACAGGUGUCCUCCUCCAGUGCUCUGCUGGGCUCGGCCGGUCCGUCUCUGCCGCUGGGCUUCGGGAUGCUGGGAGGCCUGGUUCCCGUCUCUCUCCCGUUCCAGUUUCCAAACCUGCUGAAUCUUCCUUCCUCUGUGGUUUCCACGGCGACCAGCGGUGGCUCGACCAAUCCCAGCAGCUCAGGGUUUAACCUUCCCCAGAAUGUGUUAAAGGGUCUCAUGUCAGGGGCUCAGGCCGCUCUGCCGCCACACUUACAGCUGGCUUUCUCAGAUGUCAAUCAAACGCAGGGCGGAGACUUGAAGAGGAAGACCUUAUGACGUCACAGAGCUCUUAUCCGGGACUGACUCCACCCAUUUUUAUGCAUGAAGCGCUGGCCGUCCAAUGAGACGGGGCCAUUUUUAUACGCAAUUUGAAUAUUGAUGCUGAUGAUUAAUGUUAUUAGUUUGAAUGAUGAUCCGUGGGUUGUACAUAUGUAUCAAUGUUUACACAGACGGACCUGAUCACUGUGACGGGGAGGGAAACGUGUGUGUGUGUGUGUGUGUGUGUGUGUGUGUCUGCAUGUCGAUUAGCGCGCAGCUUCUGUACAUGAGGAUGUUUUUUAACGUGUGGAUGAGUGAAGGUGUUCCUCCCUCUCUGGUGUGGGUCGGUGUCUCCGGUGCUGUUCACCAACGAAACGCCCCUUUAAAUUGUUCAAACCAAAUGACGAAGGGCGGGACGGCGGCCAUUGUAAUAUACUUGAACUUUCAGGAUUUGUUUACUUGCGUUUCAGGACACGAGCAAAAUAAAAAUGCAGAAGCCUUAGUGAAAA